GCAGUUCACACCCUUGUUCAAGGCUCAAUUGUACCACUCUUGUAUUGGUGGUAUCUGAGAAUGGGAAAAUGGUGUUUAUUUCAUCUUUCUCAUUUCUAUAUUUUCCAAUUUUUUUAAAAUGAGAAUUUAUACUGGAAGACGUGCUUAAGUAAAACAAAGUGAUAAAGCAUAUAAGCCAGAGCAGGGCUGGAUUCACAGGUGUGAUCCUCUAUAGUUAACCAGGGGCCUGUAGUCAGAAGGGUCUCAUAACUUGGUUUAAUGCAUUGCUGUUGCUAUCUUGAAAUUCUUGAUAAUGUUUUGACAAGGGGCCCCGUAUUUUCAUUUUGCACUUGGGCACCAGUCCUACAAAGUGAGUCUUGACCCAGAAGCAAUUACAUGCUGAUCUGUUGGCCACUCUGUCAAAGGCUACAGGACCUACUCCAGUUUCCCCACCUCCCAUCCAAAGGCAUCUAGCUUCCAAAUUGGAGGUAUGGCCAAAAGGCUGCAGGAAAGGCAGGUGUCCUGGGAAGAGCCCUGGGGAAGGAGUUUGCAGGCCUGAUUUUCCUCCAGCACUAGCCAGCUGUAUGAUCAGCUUUCUGGGACUCCUUCGUUCCAGCUCUACUGCCAUUGGAAUCACAUCUGUGGGCAGUAGGGUAGCCUAUAGGAUUAGAAUCAACCAGCAACUAUUGAUUUAGUGCCCAUUCUGGGAUGCAGGUGCUCUGAGAUUCACUCCAAACCACGAUGUGGUUCCAGUCCCCCCCGCUGGAUUUGCCAGUCAUUUUUCAGGGUAUUCUUCCUUGCAUUCCAGACUGACAAAUCUGAAACUCAAUCCUCUGGACUGAUUGGAACAUCUUUCAGUGCUGUAUCAAAAAUCCCACACAAAGGAAGCACGUUUUCCAAGAUGCUGGGCCCUUGUGCGACGUGUGCAGAUAACAAUCCCUACCAUUCAUUGAACGUGUACCUAGUGCCAGGCAGGCUCUGUGCUAGGUAGGUUCUUUAUUAAUAGGUUGAGUACUCAUCUCUGUUUUUCAAAUAAGGAACGGAGGUUUAGAGAGGUUGAGAAACUUGAAGAGGCAAAGGGGUCUGGCUCCAAAAGCGCACGCUCUUGACGGUUCCACUAGACCGACACCAGUAACAGAUCCACUGUCGCAGCCUCCUCGGACCAGAAGAAGGCAUGGGUCCAAUUUUCUCAAUCCCAAGGUCAGAUGGCGGGAAGGGUGGAGGACGCGAGGGACAGACGUGAACAGGGUAUUUUAAGGAGAUGGGAACAGCUGUGGUCCAAGGGUUUGUCCUGCACCCCAAACAACACAGGAGCAGCCCCGCCAGCCCAUUUCCUCCUCACACAGCGGCGCCGCGAGAACCGGGAGGGGCGGCUGCCGCCUUCGGGAGCAAGGAACACGCCGCACCCACCUCCGGGCGGGCGCGCAUUUCGGGAGGCCCCGCCCCUACCGGGCGGCCCAUGUUCCUCGCAAGUCCGGGGCGCACUGUUCCCGCGGCUCCCCGCCUCUCGGCCGGGGCGCGCUGGGCGGAGCCGGAACCCGGGGGGCGCCGAGUGGCUAGGGCCCGGCAGUGGCUUGGGCGGCGGCGGCAGCAGGUGGAGCGUGCUCCGCGGUGCGCAGCUCUUGCCCGAAAGCCGCCGCCGCAGCCGCGCGGACCGCCCGGUCCAGCCCCACUUCCCUGGGAACUUGGGUUUCCAGGCGGCGGGCCAGGCCCUGGCGCGCCGCGGAUCGCGGGCAGCCCUGGGAGCCGCUCUGGGGCGCAGGGCGGCGGGGACCCAGCUCCUCCCGGUUACCUGAAGGCGUGCUCUGUGGGAAGGAGCCGCUGCUGGCCGCGGGCGCCGAAGGAUCCCGAGGGCGCACCCGCCCCGCAGCGUCCAGAGCAGAGGGCGCGUCCCUGGAUUCUGGGCACGGAGCGUCCCACGCGAUCUUCGAGGAGUCCUCGCAGCCUCGCCGCCUUGGUCUCCAGGGCUCGCUGCUGGCACCAAUCUGCGGAGUUCUCUACUGCUCUUUUCUUCGAUUUGGAGACGCGCCCGCCAACGCCGCUCCACGCACCUCUCCCGGUCUGCGCCGGCGGACUGGCGCCCGGGUCGCCGGAGCCUCCUGGAGCCCUGGCGCCGGUCGCAGACCGUCGAACUUCUCGUCCGGCGUGCUCCUCCCAGCCUCCCCGGUCACCUUCUGCGGAGCGCUUUCCCCGCGGGGCACCGGCCGGCUAUGGCCUUCACGUUCGCCGCUUUCUGCUACAUGCUCUCCCUUGUGCUGUGCGCUGCACUCAUCUUCUUCGCCAUCUGGCACCCAGUCCCCUUGACAGGGAGGACCCUGACGCGAAUCCCUUCAGGCGCUCCUGGAGAGCUCUGGAACAGUCCCCAGGCAAGGACCCAGCCGGACCAGAAGAAAAUUCCAGAGCGGCAGGUGCCAGAGAGCUCCAUCAAACUGUCAGGCUUGGGUUCCCUGAAUUAGCCCCAGAAGCAGAGCAGAUAAUUGCCUUUGAUGAAUUAAGGACGGAUUUCAAGAGCCCCAUAGACGAGUGCAACCCUGUACAUGCGAGGGAACGGCUGAGGAACAUUGAACGCAUCUGCUUCCUUCUGCGAAAGCUGGUGCUGCCUGAAUACUCCAUCCACAGCCUCUUCUGCACCAUGUUCCUGUGUGCUCAGGAGUGGCUCACCCUCGGGCUGAAUGUCCCUCUACUCUUCUAUCACUUCUGGAGGUAUUUCCACUGUCCCGCAGAUAGUUCCGAACUGGCCUACGACCCACCCGUGGUGAUGAAUGCGGACACCCUGAGUUACUGUCAGAAGGAGGCCUGGUGCAAGCUGGCCUUCUACCUCCUCUCCUUCUUCUAUUACCUUUACUGCAUGAUCUACACUUUAGUGAGUUCUUAACUUGAAGACCACUGGGACAGACGGAAGAGGCCUGAGGCACAGAAGCCCCCUCCUGCUGGUGAUGGAGCGGGGCCGGAGCGGGGCUGUGUGUGAAAGACCAGCAGACAGUGUGCACUGGGACCUGGAAUCAAGCAGCAGCCAUGGCUGGUUACCUCAGUGCACAUGUGGUGGCCCCAGACAUCACAGCCCUGCAUUCCCAUUCCAGGGGUGGGAGGGAGUGGGUGAUAAACACUGAACCUCUCCUGAGUGAGAGUUGCUCCUUCCUGAGUCCACUUCAUCUGCUGGCUCCCUGCAAGUUCACGCUGAGUUCCUGGACUGCAGAAUGGAGCCUGGAAGCCGGUAGGUGCCUGGGAAAGAAUGGAAUGACCCAGAAUCCAGGCUGAGUCUGUGGCGCCUUUCAAGGCCUCAAGGAUGUUGUGGGCUACCCAGGACUCCUGUGUUUCUGCCCAGCUGGCCACGCUCUUCACCUCCACGGGUGGGGCUGGGAGGUGGGCCUCCCCCUGCACUCUGCUUGGCGAGAGCCCUGCUGGGGGACAGCCUGAGCAGAAUGUUGGUGAUGAGUUAUAUCCAAAGGCAUGGGGUGAGAGUGAGCUGGAGAAGGGGCAAUCUUAGAGAAAAAAACAUGUUUUGAAACAUUAACAUGUUCAAAGUGUUGUCUAGAACCACAAACUGUGUUCUAUUGACAUCCAAAACCAUCCCAGAGUCACUGAAUGCAAAUCACCUGGUCACUAGUUAAAGCUACCUUCUUAUUAUAAGGAUCCCCAAACAGUCUGAGUCCCGAAAAUGCUGAAGUGGCUGCUCUGUGCUGUGUGCUUCUGGCAGUCAAGAAGUGAGACAACAUAAUUAUAGCUUCAUUUUAUGAUGCUGCAUCAUUUGUGCUGUUUGGUUCAACGCGAGGACAUUAGCUUAUUUAGAAUAUUCCAUUUGACACUUUCUCCUUUUGGGUAGGAGUUGUGCCAGGGGGUUGUAAAUAAUGACAAGGCUGAGAUUUUUAUGUUUAAAUUGGGCACGAUGCUUUUCAUCUUAUUCUCUAAACUUCCCUUCUUUUCUUCUGUUUGCUAUACACAGGCUAUUUAUACAUGUGCCCAGCUCCCCCCUGAAACCCGUGACUCAGGUUUAUGAAUGGUGUUUGUAUGAUGUGUCGUUUACCAUGUUUAAAGCACAGUGAUGACUUCAGUGUCUCACCUACCUGGUUUAAACACCUUCUAAACCCCUUCUAAAAAUUCUACAGAAGACAAAAUGCAGGCUUCUGCUGUGAGGCUGAACACACAAAGUCAGAGGAUUUGGGGAGAUAUUUUUGGGAGCAGGCUUUCCCUCGGCCACCAUCUGGCUGGGUGGUUGGGUGGGGAGUUGCCUUUAGGGCUGGUUGGCCUUGUCUCUGACUCUGAGGUUCUGAGAAGACCAGCCACCUUCAUCCACAGACACGAGCCCCAGGUUCCAGGCUGCAGAUAGCAGAUCUAACCCCACCAAAAUCUUACAAAUGCAGUGGAAUGAGGGGUAAAUGGUCCAUGUUGAUUCUCACCUUGGGACUGUUUUGUUUUUGUACUUUGCUUCCUUCCAAAAAGAUUUGAAGUGGCUUAUCAUAGCAGGCACAGUUACACAAAGGCUGUUAAAAUGGAAAUAAGAAAUUCAGACUUACAAAGGAGGAAGUCACAGGGACCCCAGCAUCCUGAGGUGCUCUGUGUAUUACUGUGAUGAGCCUGUCAGCAGUAAAUGAAAGCAAUCCACAUUCCCAUAGUGCUUUCCAUUUCACAGACCCAUUCACAUCUUCUCAUGUGUCCCUCCUCGCAAUCCUAUGAAAUGGAUACUAUCCUUUUCCCCCAGUCUGUAAGUGAGUACACUGAAUAUAGAGAGGUUAUGACUUCUGAUAGCUGCGUACAGUCACAGACCUGCAUUUGAGCCUAGGUCAUCUGACUUCAAAAAUCCUGUGCCCUGUCACACCUGAAAGCUGGCAGAGUAGCUCAGGGUCCUCUGAGGGUUUGAUUAGCAUUAACUUUUUGAAAAAAGGAGAUUCUAA